GGUGGGGGCGGCAGAAGUGCUCCCUCCUCCGUCUCCGCCACCUCCGCCCCACAGACUCGGGCUCACGCCAUUUUGCGCCCCCCCCUCCCCCGCCCUAGCCGAGCCACCUUUUCCCUUUCUACAUGCUCAGGCCCCUUUCCCGCCCCUUUCCAAGCGUGUCCUGGGCCGCAGCAGCAGAAACCGCGCCGUCUGCACCCCUGCAUUCUCCACGCGGGACGCGCAGCCGUGCCUACAAGUGUUCUUAAAGCAGAGAUGAAUAAUACUGCAGCAAGCCCAAUGUCUACUGCUACUUCAAGUAGUGGAAGAACUACAGGGAAGUCUGUAAGCUUUGCAGCAGAAUUACAGAGUAUGAUGUUUUCUUUAGGCGAUGCUAGGCGUCCUCUUCAUGAAACAGCAGUUUUGGUAGAAGAUGUGGUACAUACUCAGUUAGUUAAUCUGCUACAGCAAGCUGCUGAAAUUUCUCAGCUUCGUGGAGCAAGAGUAAUCUCAGCUGAAGAUCUUCUGUUUUUGAUGCGCAAAGAUAAGAAAAAACUUAGAAGACUCCUAAAAUACAUGUUUUUCCGAGACUACAAAUCAAAGAUUGUCAAAGGCAUAGAUGAAGAUGAUCUUCUGGAAGACAAAUUGAGUGGCAGCAGUAAUGCAAACAAAAGACAAAAAAUUGCCCAAGACUUUCUUAACUCCAUUGACCAAACAGGAGAACUCUUGGCAAUGUUUGAAGAUGAUGAAGUUGAUGAAGUUAAACAAGAGAGAAUGGAGAGAGCAGAAAGACAAACUCGAAUUAUGGAUGCAACUCAAUAUGCAGAAUUCUGUGAAAGCCGACAAUUAAGUUUCUCCAAAAAAGCCUCCAAAUUUCGAGACUGGUUGGACUGCAGCAGUAUGGAGAUAAAACCCACUGUCAUCGCUAUGGAAAUUUUAGCAUAUUUAGCAUAUGAAACUGUAGCCCAGUUAGUAGAUCUGGCCCUUCUUGUGAAACAGGACAUGGUAACCAAAGCAGGGGACCCCUUCAGUCAUGCCAUUUCUGCAACCUUCAUUCAGUAUCACAACUCUGCUGAGGGGUCUUGUAUGAAGUCAUACCCAGACUCCCCUGAGAGCACACCACCUCCUACGCCAACAGCUCCAACAUCUAGUUUACAGCACCCAGGGAAGAUCAUAGCAGCAUCCCUAGGGAAUGGGAGUACUGGACAAGACUCAACGAAAACCAAGCAAAGGAAAAGGAAAAAGAGUUCUGCGGCCUGUGGUGUUGAGGCUCACAGCGAUGCCAUCCAGCCCCGCCACAUCAGAGAGGCCGUCCGACGCUACGGCCACAAGAUGGGCCCCCUUUCCCCGUUCACAAAACAGCAAAGGACAACUGAGUACAAACAGUUUUCUUCCUUCCUCAUUCAGCAAACCAUGGAGAAAGAUCUUGGCUUCUUGACAUUAAUAACUUUGCUUCAACUCUACUUGGAACUAUUUGGGCAGCUUUUCAAAAAUGAAAAAGAGUGCCUACCGCAGAAACGGAAUGGCUUUUCUGGCCUGCUGAUGCGACUGUGACUGUAACAACAGAAAAGGCAAUGAAUGUUCUAUUAAGGUGACUUCUGUUUCCCGAUUUGGACAAAAAUAAAGUACAAGUUUACUUCUCUGUCUCCUCAGAGUGGGCUGGUUU